GCCCGGCCCAUAAUGCAGCGGGCUCGCCCUAGUCCUCCCAGUUUCCUAGCCCGGCCCAUAAUGCAGCGGGCUGCCACCGGUCCUCCCAGGGAGUCCUCCGAGGAGCGCGGGCCUUCCCGACGAGCUGUGCGCGCGGAUUGAAAGCGGCCGGUUUGUUUUGUCUUGGCCGAGUCCCCGGGAGGAUGGAGUCCGCGGCACCGACACCCCGAGGAUCGCAGCCCGAGGCCGAGCCCGAGGCCGGAGGCGGCGUCGGCGGCGUCGGCGGCCCCGCCAUCGAACAGCUGAGCCGGGCGGUGAAUUACCGCCUGCCGGACCUGAACUUGGGCUCCAGGGAGCUGGCGCUGAAUCCCAAAUUCACCAAGAUGCUGCUGCUCUUGACCGAGCACUUGGACAGGACAGGCCUGAGCCUCACGGUCAAGAGGGACCUGGAGAAGGCGAGCAGCGAACUGCGGAACCAGAAGCGGGAGUGGCUGAGCGCGGAGGCCCUGCUGCGGGUCCUGGACGAGAUGCCAAUGGAGCACCACGUGAAGCGGUGGGAGAGCGGCUCCGGGCACGGGGAUCGACAGUUCUUUGAGACGCUGGAGAAGUGCCUGGUGCUGGGAAGGUGCUGCAGACGGCUGGACACCCGGGAGACGGUGCGGGGAGACGGUGGGCCGCCCCUCCUGGACCUGCGGACGCACCACCUCCAGGAGCUGCUGCCUGAGCCUCAGCAACUGCAGGCAAUGAGACAAAGGCUGGUGCCCGAGGUAGAGAAGCGGCUCAGAGAGCGGAGUUUCACUGUCCUCUGCUACUAUCAACCAGAGUAUGAGAGUAACAGUGAAGUGUUGAAGACGGCCAAGAGCGGGUCAAUGGCCGGGAUGUUCAAGGCUGAUAAACAGAGACUGGAGGAAGCAAGAGACAGGAACCGGGGGAAUCAGGUCACCAUCACCAACCAGACCAUCGCCUACCUCACAAUACUGUCCCGCUGUUUUGAGAUGCUGCGGGAGUUGAUCGACAAGCACCGAAUCAGCUCCCAGCCUGAGCUCGAUACCCAGCUCCAGGAGUACCUGCGGCUGAAGAGCAGAGCCAUGUUCGUCAAACUGGGGCUCAUGAAACUCGAGCUUCGGCACCAACUGUUCAACCAGGAUACAGUGGAUGCUCAUAACUCCAUCAGGGCCCUGCUACUGGAGGAGCUGGAGGGGGAGCAGCAGAGCGCCGAGUCCCUCCGCCGGACGCUGAGCCUGUACCAGAUGCUGGGCGCGGAGUUCGAGGGGCUGGUCUCCGAGUACGGGCACCUCCGACAGCUGCUGGAGAACAAGAAGUGGGCCCUGGAGGAGUUUAGCAAGUCCCAGAGCUAGCGCCGAGGGGACAGGGUCCCCCCUCCCGCCCGGGUCUGUGGGAGAGAUGGGGUGGGGCCAUUGGCGCAAGGACACACGUUCUUCCUCGUUCCCUCCCACCGUCCGUCUGGAUCCCAGAACCUACAGGAGGAGCAAAGUUUUGGAAUGUGGGCAGGAGGAGGGUUCGUCUGGGCCCCAUGGGAAGGGAAGGG